GGAAAGAGGGGCUGUCGAGGAGCCCUGUUCGCUUAUGCACCGGUGUCAAAGCGCUAUCUGCCCUUUUCCUUAGUUCCCUUAUAUUUCGUUCUCGCUCUCUCACUUUCUCUUUUUUUUCCUUCUCUUCAACUUCCAACACUUGUAGAACCUGGCCCUUUGAUCACAUAAUCCAGCUCCAUCCAAUUGAGUUUCCUGGAUUCAUUUUCUUCCAAACUUUAUCAUCUUCUUGUUGGUGUUAUUUUCCUUUUCGUAUUUAACCUUUAUAUUUUCCAUUUGUUGGUUCAUUGUAUCUCUUUUCUUUGUCCAUCAAUCUGCUCUUUACCAUCUCAUUAUAAUCUCAUUAAUCUUUUCAUCCACACACUCAUAACUCAUACCAUACUUACAGCACAGCACUCUCGUACUAUACUCACACUAAUACUGCACUUGUUUUCAUCUCAUACUCAUUUCAUACUUACAAUGUUCAAACAAUCUUUCAAAUCAAUUCCAAUCAGAAGUUUCUCAACUUCAGGAGCUGCUAGAACCUAUGCCGCCAGAACUUACGCUGACACUAUUCCUAACUUGAAAAUCACCAAGGAUACUAAAGUGAUCUUCCAAGGUUUUACAGGGAAACAAGCUAGUUUUCAUGCCCAACAGGCUUUGGAUUACGGCACAAAAAUAGUUGGUGGAACCAAUCCUAAAAAAGCUGGCCAAAUUCAUCUCGGCCAACCUGUUUUUGCCUCUGUUAAAGAAGCUAAAGCAGCUACUGGCUGCAACGCUACUGGUAUCUUUGUUCCUCCUCCAAUUGCUGCAAAGGCCAUUGAAGAAGCCAUUGAAGCUGAAUUGGACUUGGCCGUUUGUAUCACUGAAGGUAUCCCACAACAUGACAUGUUAAGAGUCUCUCAAAUCUUGCAAACUCAAUCCAAAACCAGAUUAGUUGGCCCAAACUGUCCUGGUAUCAUAGCUCCUGAACAGUGCAAAAUCGGUAUUAUGCCUUCCAUUAUUCAUAAAAGAGGGAGAGUUGGUAUUGUCUCGAGAUCUGGUACUUUAACUUAUGAAGCUGUUGAUCAAACUACUAAAGUUGGUUUAGGCCAAUCUCUAGUCAUUGGCAUGGGUGGUGAUCCAUUCCCUGGAACAAAUUUCAUCGAUGCUCUAACUCUAUUCCUCAAUGAUCCAGAGACCGAAGGUAUUAUCUUAAUUGGCGAAAUUGGUGGUUCUGCUGAAGAAGACGCUUGUGAAUUCUUGAAACAACACAACCUUACAAGAAAGGUUCCCAAACCCGUCGCUGCCUUUAUUGCAGGUGUUUCUGCUCCUCCAGGUAGAAGAAUGGGUCAUGCUGGUGCAAUUGUUGCUGGUGGUAAAGGUGACGCUAACUCAAAAAUAGCUGCUUUGAAAAACGCUGGUGCCAUCGUCGAAGCUUCUCCAGCUGGUUUAGGUGCUGCUCUAUUCAACGAAUUCAAAAAUAGAAAUUUAUUAUAGUCCCUCUAUCCGAAUACUAUUCUACAAUUAUCUUAUUUUAAUUUUAUUUACUUUAACUCGUUCUGCUUUUUAUUUUCGUUUUUUUUUAUAUAUAAUAUAACUGUCAUAGAGUUUUAAUUAAUUUAUUUUCAUUUCAUUUCAUUUC